AGCGAGAGGAUGAGAUAGAAUAUAUACAAAAGAAGAUUGAGAGAAGAAUAUAGAUUACUUUUAUAUAUAAAAAAAAGGGCGACGGCCGUGAGAUAUCCUCAUUGAAGCGAUGUUUCACGUGGAGAGCAUGGUGGAGACGUCCAUGGGGCAUGUCAUUAACAGCCUACCUCCGGAACAAGAUAAGACAAGACCAAAGCUCAUGAACUUAAAGUUCGAGCUGGUAAGGGAGGCGGAAGAAAACUUUGAAGCGGAGCUUCCAAUUCGGCUAGGCAGCGAGGUGUUGCUGAUCAAGUUUGUAUGCAAGCACACUCCAUGGUGUACCCGGUGUAGGUGGUGGUUUCAUACAGCGGAGGAAGAUUGCCCACGUGCUGGCGAAGAUGAAACUGUAAGCAACUUUGGCGCAAGACAGCGGGACGUCCAAUCUUUUCACAACCAGAGAGUGUCAGACGAUCGACACAUCCGUUCAGCGGCAAGGGAAACUGUCCCAGCAGCCGAGGACCGGCCCCAGGGGGCGACGUCAACUAGAGGCGCCGGUAGACUUAAAGAUGCCAGAUUUCUGUCCGGCGGUCAAAGUCUCGCUCGAAGCAGCCGGUCUUCAACGCCGCAGGGAGGAAGAGGACUUAACAUCCAAGGAACUUCCAGAGGAGGAGCGAUAAGUGACGUGGCAAGAAUACUCGGCCCAGGAGCAGGGACUUUUCAGCAGCAGGAUCUGUCUGGGGGGAUGCAUCUCCAAGGCUACGCUGGUGGAUAUCAAGCUUAUGCACUCCCCGGUGGGCAAAUGGCUUGGCAAGGGAUGGGGUUCCGCCCUUAUAACCCUGCCAUAGCCGCUGGUCAACCGUACUUCUACAACAUGUACGGUUCAGGUCAAGGUCUUAAUUAUGUCGCACACGGUGUCGAGGACAGAAGAACGGUAGGAGGUAAUAGAGGGAGAGUGGGACAUGCUGUAAGGGUGGAGGAUUCAGCUUCUCCUUUGGACCUGGAAGUGGUGCCGGUGGAGGAAAGAGCGGGCUCAGAGAGAUCACGACCACAGUCUCCGGUGACUUCGACCCGGGCACACUCGGACAUGGAAGAGUCCCCCGGAGUAAUUCCGGAGGGUGUCGAGACAGGAGGCAGGGAAUUAUGCCAGUUUGAAGAACAAGUUCUGCUGCCGCUCGUUUGUACCUUACAGGAUCAAGCGAUACAUGUGGUGGGGCUAUUGGACCGAAACAAUAACCUUGUCCUCCCAACAAUGGGGCUGUCGGAGAUUCCAUUGCAAUUUGCGAUACGGGAGAAAGUCAAGUAUCUAUUCGCUGAUCGCUUCGAGUUUAGGAUUUUUCCGGAAUUCUAUUUACCCAUAAUGAGAUCGGAGUUAGAGGACGGAAAAUCUGUUAAAUAUGCGGCCGUCUUUAUUGACGCCAGGUUAUCUACGGAAGCGUGGCAGGGUUUGAGGAAUGUAGGUUUAGAUACUUUCCCGCUGGAAGCCAAGACUCAGCCCUCGAUUGACCUCCUGGCGGAGGUAAUCGUUGAGCCGGGGAUCUCGGCUUCCUUUUUGGCAGAUUUGAAUCCGAUCAUGCCGAGAUCGAGCAAUCUGCUCUCUGCCUCCUUUUUAGACUGCCUCUCAGCAUAAUGGCCCCCACGAGCGUCGAACGGGGGUUCAGACACAGCCCGAAGCUCGAAUCCGUCCUCCGCAGGCAUCCAAUCUGCAACUGUCACAACUUUAAUCCAUGGGUAGGUUGCAGAUAGUUACGUGGAACGUUCAGGGAUUGGGGGAUACGAGCGGCAGGCGGAAAGGAGCAAGACUCAAGAGCUGGAUUCAUAGGAAGAGCAUCGACGUCAUCAUGAUUCAGGAGACAAAGUUAUCAAAGAACAAAUUGGCUCAGUUGAA